GUAAAUUUCAUUUCGUAGAAGUUCCUUUAUUAUUAAAGCAUGCCGAUUGUAAACUUCCGGAUAUAAUUUAUGAAAACAAAAUCAAAAAUAUAUUCAACAAGUUGCACAUGGCAAUCAUGCGCACAUAAAAUUGUUUAUAAAUUAUUUUGAUCCUCUCUGUUGUUCACAAUUGUGAGCGGCACCGAAAAGCACUCCCAAAAGUUCAAAAGCAGCAGGUUCAAAAUUAUACGAAAGCUCUCUUAUAAAAGUCUGUAAUUUUUAUGAAUGAGCUUCAGUCAGAAUACUCGAUUCGAGCAUCCUUCCAAUCUCUUUUCCUCUCGAUCCUCCUCGUGCUUCUUUGUUUAAAGGCAUUAAGACAUUGUCGGUGUAUAUCGAGAAAAAAAGGUACAGAGACACAAAACUACAAUAGCCAGACAGUAAAAAAUUUAUAAUAUUAAAAAAAUUUUAUGAUGUGGAUCAGCAAUUAUUUUCUUUUAUGAAAUGGAUAUUCUUGUGCUUGAUGUGAUGAAAAAGUGAUUUCGUGGGUCAUUAAUCUUGUAACAUCAACGACUAUUCAUCCGAUGAUGGAAUUACUUUUUUGAAUGGGAAAUUUUGUGUUUUUUUUUUGAGUUUUGUGAAAAUGGACAUGUGGAAAAAAUUUGAGGAAGUCUAGAUGAAUAGGUUGUGCGUUGAGAAGUUCCAAUGUGAAUUUUUUUUAAGAAUUUUGAAGUGACAUUUUUGGAAUUAUUUUAAAAAAGUUUAAGAAUUUCAAUGAGAAAUUAGAAAUAAAAUUUGGAAACAAUUUGAAAUUGAAGAAAAACUUAAAAAUCAAUUAAAAUUUUGAAGAAUCUUGAAAAAAAUCAAAUUUGAAAAUUUAGACAAUUAUUAUGAAUAAACUUGAAGUUUAUUUAAGAAUCUUGGACAAUACUUAAUAAUUAAUGAAAAGUGAAAAAGAACAAAACUUAAGAUUUGAUGAAAAAUUUCAAAAUGAUAAAUUUUUUUAAAAAAAAUGAUAAAACAUUAAACUUAAAAUCUCCAAAAACUCAAAAACCAAGCAAAAACCACUUUUAAUAAAUCAACAAAAAAUCUUUACAAUUCAACUUACAAAAACAGCGACAAAACCUCAUCAAAAAGUGAAUAAAACAAUAUUUAAUAAUAAUCGCCGCAAUUCCACUCAUUUAACGACCAUAGUGAACCAAAUACAACUUACCCAAACAUUAAAGUAAGGAAAGAAUAAAAAUAUCAAAAUUGACUACAAAAGUUGAAAACAAAUUAAGAUAAAGUGAUGAAAGGAAAUACAUAUUUUUUAUGGCAUAAAAUUGAUGUAUCAUAAACCUUAAUAUUCCUCAUCAUAACACAGAACUUGUUGGAAACGAGCAGACACAGACAAGAGGAAGCUCGCAAACAAAAAAACAGGACUGACAAUUACAACAAAGAUAUUGCAGUCAUUCAUCCCAUACGGAAUUACAGUAACAAGACAAAGUUUGAAACAUGAACCAAACAUUACCGCUCCUAUCAGCAUCGAUGAUGUCGAAUCAACAUUAUCAAGAGGAUUUCCUGACAAUUUGGUCUGCAAUGAAGAAUUUUAACCACUCAAUGAAUGGAAAUGGUACAGCAAGCCGCUUCUUCCGACCACAUAUGAAUGACUCAAGAACGACAAUGAAUUUUUACCAAUUCUGGUUACACUCGAUAUAUCCGCUGUACAACUUCACAACAAAUGAUUCAAUGCAAUAUUUAACAUGCGCUUCCACACAAAAUCCUGCGGGAAAUGUGAUAGCUAUUAUACUGUACAUCAUUGUUUGUUGUGUUGGAUUAUUUGGAAAUACUUUAGUCAUUUAUGUUGUCCUUAAAUUCUCUAAAAUGCAGACAGUUACAAAUAGAUAUAUAUUGAAUCUUGCAAUAGCAGAUGAGUCAUUUCUCAUAGGCAUACCAUUUCUAUUAACAACUAUGUAUCUUAAUGAGUGGAUAUUUGGGUCAUUCUUGUGUAAAUUAUACAUGGUCUCAACAUCCAUCACACAAUUCUCCUCGUCCAUAUUUCUUUUAAUUAUGUCUGCUGAUCGAUUUAUUGCUGUUUGUCAUCCCAUAUCAUCGCCAAGAUUCCGAACGCAAUUAGUAUCGAAAAUUGUGUCACUCUUGGCAUGGGGAAUUUCUGCACUCAUCAUGCUUCCCGUUAUGUUGUAUGCAAACACAAUUGAAAAGUAUCCGGGAUCGGAGCAAAUGACAUGUAAUAUUUUAUGGUCACACCCAAGCGUUGAUGGACAUCUAGGCGGUUCAACAUUUACAUUAUAUUCCUUAAUCUUAGGAUUUGCUGUUCCAUUAAGCUUAAUCCUCGUAUUCUAUUAUUUAGUGAUUAAGAAACUUCAGACGGUUGGACCAAAGAAUAAGUCAAAAGAUAAGAAGAGAUCUCAUCGUAAGGUGACACGACUCGUCCUCACUGUCAUUGCUGUUUACAUUCUUUGUUGGACACCGUAUUGGGUUAGCCAAAUGGCACUUAUUAAUACGCCGCCAGAUGUUUGCCAAAGUAAAUUGGAAAUAACAGUAUUUGUUCUUGUUGGAGCUAUGGGCUACAGCAAUUCAGCUAUAAAUCCCAUUUUAUAUGCAUUUUUAAGUGACAAUUUUAAAAAGUCAUUUAUGAAGGCGUGCAUGUGUACUCGAGGCAAAGACAUUAAUGCUCAACUACAAAUCGAAAAUAGCAUUUUUCCACGCUUCGGACGAAGUAAUCGAAGCUCAGAGAAAUUGUCGGCGAUUGCAAAGAGCAAUUUUCAAAAGACAAAGACAACGAUUGCUGGAAAGGAAUCAGAGGGAGCUGUAACAGCGCUUGCAACAUCAGCGGCGAUUGUCGAGCAAGAUAAAAGCAGCAAAAAUGUUUGCAUUAAAACUACGGCCAUUACAAUUCCCAAUCAUUUUGAUAGCAAGAAUCAUAAUAUUAAUGGAAUCAACGAGACAGCGAACAAUGUUCAUGUAGUUCAACGAACCGAACCAGUUCUACACACGGAUUUGUAAAUAAGGACUUCUUUAUAACUUGCCAGGGGUGAAGCUAUGAAUGGAGGAGUGUCUGAUGGGUUCCUCAAAAUUUUCUGAGCCCCAAACCCAUUAAAUUAACUCAUCCUUUUACUAGCUUCACUCCUGCAACUAGUUUCUUUUAUUAUUACUUAUUUUCUAUUUUGAAAAUUGUGUAUACUUAUCUGUGAAACUUUACAGUUUCAUGACAGAAAAAAAAACUUUUUCUACUACAAAUCGAAUUAAAGAUGAAAAUGAAAAUAAGAAAAAAAUGCAGCACAAAAAAUUGUAUUAUCUUUAUAUGUAUCGUCAUCUAUUUCUUAUAACGUACAUGUAAUAUAAAUAAAUAUAUAUUUGACAAAGGGCAACUGAUGUAUGCCACUGACAAAUCUGAAGGGCCAAACCCCUUAAAAUUAUUUCAUUUUACGAGUGUUUCGAUGAAAGAUUAAGUCACUCAUAACAUCACACACAUAAGCACAUUGGAACGAAAGAUAAAUUAGAUUGUGGCCUCGCUAGUUUUGAUCGAGCAUGAAAAAGUUUUGAUUUAGCAGUUGGGCUCAUUUUGAUUAUGAAAGUGGGUUAGGAAGUUUUAUUAUCUGUUGGAUGGGACAUUAAUGAUUUAAUUUUUAUUGUAGAAUAUAAAGUUAGAAAGAUAAAUUUGGAUUUUUUUGAGGUUAGCAAAUUUUAUUGACCCAAAAACUUGGUUGAUACUUUUUGUUAAAUCACUUGAGGAAUUGAUUAGCAUUCAAUCUGAAUUUUCGGUUCUGAUUCUGAAUUAAAAAGGACGAAGUUCUUAUUCUUGGUUGCUUUUUAUAUCCCAACAUAUUGCUUUACCCUGACAAGCUUCUUUAGUAGCAACUAGAAUCUGACUAGCAACACCCUUAGCUACAAGGGCGCAGCCAAAGAAGGGUUUUGAGGGUCAAAAUUCUUUUCAUUUUUGAUUUGCUAAAGUCUUUUAAGAAAUUAAUUUUAAAAUGCACGAAUAGCACUAGCCGGAUAAUUGAGGCGAAAUCCUACGCUAAGACAACUUAGGUAAGGGAGAAUUUCUUGUCACAUCGUCCGGGCAUAGAAUUUUGUCUUGAUUAUCCGACUUGUGCUAUUCGGGAAGUUCUUGCAUAGUCCUUAAUUUGAAACCACCAUAUUCAAAGAAUUGACUUCGUUUCACCCGAAUGGCACAAUCAGGCACCAAUCCGGUGUGACUCUGGCAUAGUACUGGAUAUAAAUUGAAGCCAGCAUCAUGCUAGGGUCAUGCUAACUUAGAGUUGAGUUUCUAUUCGAUUAACCAAGUUAUGCUAUUUCGGUCAGUACAUUUUAAUAGUUUUUCCUCGAAAUUCCAACCUUAUGGACCAAAAGAUUUAAUUUUCUCUCCAUUAAAGACCGACAAUAAAUCAACAUUUCAAUUAAAUCUAGUAGAAUGCCAUCACAAAUCCGAAAUUAAACUUUAUGAUAAAUUAAUUUCUAUAAUCCAACGCUAAAAUCCACCCAUCUAGUCAAAGUGUAUACAACAUCCAAUUUACAGUCACAUAAAAAUGAGCUUUAUAAGACAUUGCAAUCAACUAAAUGAGAAAUGAAAUAUUAUUUUUGUCACAAUGUGGCGUGUGAUGAGUUUAGCUACGAUGUGAAAAUAAACGAGCAACAAAAAAAAAUAUGAGAAACUGGAGCAGUCGUUUCACGCAGUGAUUUAUCAAGGAAAUUACUCAAUGAAUUUACUUUUAAGAGAAAAUAAAAGAAAGAGGAAAUAAAAUGAUAAAGUAGGACGAAAACAAUUUUUGUAUAUAAACACAACAGAAUGACCAAAACGCAUUAAUCUGCCAGAUAAGCAGUAGUUGUAAGAAUGAAAUUCAACUUUUUGUAAUUGAAAAGUUGAUGAAAAGAAUUAUGAAAUUUAUUUUUGUAUCAAAAGAUUU